CUCUUUUUCAUCAUUAAAUUCCACCAAAAUUGCCAAAGUAUCAAUGGGUCCUUCCAAUGCCUUCAUCUCUUUUUUCUUCUGCUGUUUUCUUCUCACCUCAGGACUAGGCAUCGAUGGCUCAACCCUCCACCACGGCGGCCACCGCCACCACCACGGCGGCCGGGAAAAGCACGAGUCGGAGGACCAUCCUUUCAGACCCACAAAGCUGUUCGUGUUUGGGGACUCGUACGCCGACACAGGGAACAUUAGAAAAUCUUUAGGAGGCGCGUGGGUUGAGCCGUACGGCUACACUUUCCCCGGCAAGCCCGCCGGCCGGUUUUCCGACGGCCGCGUACUCACCGAUUACGUCGCCAAGUUCUUGGGAAUCAAGACUCCAUUAGCCUAUGAAUGGAUGAAAUUCGGAGGGAAUAAAUUGCAUAACGGGUUGAACUUCGCUUAUGGAGGGAGUGGCGUUUUCGACACUUUAGGUGAUAUUUUGCCGAACAUGACCACUCAAAUCGAUUUCUUGGAGAAAUUAAUGCGUCAAUUUCUAUACACCAAAUCCGACUUGCAGUCGUCAGUGGUUCUUGUUUGUCUUGCGGGUAACGAUUAUGGUGCAUAUGUGUUUAGAGAAGGCACAGAUCAGGGCCUGCAAAAUUACAUCCCACUUGUGAUCAAUCAACUGGCCAUCAACUUGAAGCGAAUUCAUGGGCUUGGGCCAACAAAAAUCGCGGUGACGGCUCUGCAGCCAUUGGGCUGCCUUCCCCGUACGACUGAAACGUCGUCGUUUCAGCACUGCAAUGCCACCCAGAACUUAUUAGUGGGCUACCACAACUCUCUUUUGCAGCGGGCCGUGGCCCAGUUAAACAACGAGACCAAGAGCCCGACCUUUUUUAUCCUCGACCUCUAUAACUCCUUUACUAGUGUGCUCCAGCAGAAAGGAGAUUCUCAAGAGAACUUAAAAUUCGAGACACCAUUGAAGCCCUGUUGCAUGGGCAUCAACAGUUCAUACUCUUGUGGCAGUGUCGACGAGAAUCGUAACAAAAUGUACACGGUUUGUAGCGACCCGAAAUCGUCAUUUUUCUGGGACUCGUCUCACCCAACCGAAGCCGGGUGGCGUGCUGUCUACACGUUGUUAAAGUCAGGACUUGAGCAAUUAUUUAAAAAUUAAUUGAUUAAUUAAGAUAUUUAAUCUUGUAUUAGUUAGCUGUGUGUGUAUG